UGAAGAUGUAUCAACAAUAUUAUUAAACACAAUGAUUAGUAAAUGCCACUCGACCUAUCCUUACAACUGAAGAUUCGCAUUACUGCUUCAACAUUUGGCAGAAACCAUCAUUUUUAUCAUUUAGCAAAUUUUAUCUAGUUUUUCUACAUCCAUAUCAUGAACAAUUGAAGAAGCACUAAGUUCCGUAUUUGUGAUGAUAAAGUUUUUGAUUUCAAGGUUGACCCAAACGCGGUAAACUGAUUGUAAUAUGCCGAGGCAGCGUUCAUACACGUCAACCGAUCAGGACAAGACAAAGUCAGUCAAUAAAGAAUUUUUCAAUAAGCAAUACAAAUCAUUGAAGACGUAUAUUCGAAGUGCUGGCUCUAAUCCUGUUCUCCACUCAGGAAUAUGCUCAUCACAAAGUCCUGGGAUACCUGGAUCUCCCGCUUCAUUAGCCACAAAGAAAGGUGUCUUUUAUCAAGAUGACAGUGGGAAAAUCAUCAGCCUAACUAAAUCAAGGAAAUCUAAUCAUUCCGAUGGUAGUAAGCUGAUUUCUGACUCUAAAAGUAGAUUGAUACUGGAUUUGUCUUCUUUGGGGCUUGACAGCGUUUCUCCUGACAUUGGGAGUCUCAGUCAUUUAAUAGAGCUCUUUCUGUAUGAUAAUAAGUUAACAUGUCUUCCUUUGCAGAUUGGACUUCUGAAAAACCUCCAGAGAUUAUGGCUACAGGAAAACUCUCUCACAUUUCUACCAGAUGAGCUUGGUGAUUGUUCAAAACUAACUCACCUUGAUAUCAGGCACAACAGACUUGAAGGUUGCAUACCUGUUGUUCUAACAAAGUUCACUUUAAUGAAACAACUCUACCUGACCUACAAUAAAUUAACGGAUAUUUCUGCUAUUGGUAAUUUACGUUUUCUACAGACAUUAGUGGUGAAAAGUAAUCAAUUACAAGGAUCGAUUCCGGAUUGUAUUGGAAAUCUAACGCAAUUAAAAACUCUGGAUCUAUCAAAGAAUCGUUUAACCAACAUUACUGAAAAUAUAGGCAAUUGUAAAUUGCUAUCCCGUUUUCUUGUGGAUUAUAAUCAAAUAGAUGAAUUGCCAAAAUCAAUUGGGCGACUUUCAGAACUUACGGUAUUAGGAAUUAAAUAUAACUGCUUAAGUGAACUCCCAGUUACUAUAUGUAAUUGUGAAAAAUUGACCGAACUGAAUAUUGAGGGCAAUCAUAUAACUCAGCUACCGGAAAAUCUAUUGUGUCAUUUAAAAGACUCACUUUCCGUAGUACUAUCUCAUAAUGAUUUCAAUUCUUUUCCAAUCGGUGAUAAAACUCAGUAUAAAAAUGUCAAACAUUUCAGAUUAGAUUAUAAUCGUUUAGAGUUAUUCGAAGCAGUCCAACUGUCAGAAAACACUCAAUUAACCACACUAAACUUAUGCAACAAUAAUAUUAUCGCUUUAGAUUUUACAGGAAUAGAAACAUUGAAACAUCUUGUUGAAUUAGACCUUUCCUAUAACCAAAUUGGUCAAUUACCUGAUUCCAUUGGCGAGUUAGUAUCUUUAGAAGUAUUAGAUUUGACCAGUAAUCGCUUAGAGGGAUUACCGAAUAGAAUUGGUGAAUUGGUUAGAUUAGUACAAUUAGAAUUAGAAUCCAAUCAAAUUACAUCAAUUCCUUUAAAUAUUGGACAACUAUGUCAAUUACAAACACUCAAUUUAGAUGUAAACAAGUUAUCCAGACUUCCAUCAACUAUUGGAAAUCUGAACAAUUUAAAGAAACUAAGAGUGAAAGAGAAUGUGCUUCAACGUUUACCACCUGAAAUCGGCAAACUGGAGAAUUUAACACAUUUGUAUUUAUCCAAUAAUAAGCCAUUAGAUUUGCUUCCUAUCGAAUUAGGAAUGCUGCCUUCUCUACGAUUUCUGGGUAUUGAUGGUUGUAGUCUUAGACAGAUGCCUGUUGAUAUAACAAAAAAUGGAUCAGCCUCUGUCAUUAAGUAUCUACGCGAUCUGUUGUGUAUUCAUAAACGAAUUUGUCAAACUCCUGUCACAUAAAUGACUUCAAAUAUUGUUGAAAAUCACGAAAUCAUAUGUAUGUUACCAAUCGAUACUAUUGUAAAUGUAUUUUGUUUCCUUAAUUAUAUAUUUUUUUGUUUCUAACCAAUCAUGUUGAUGAUGAUGAUGAGAUGAAUAUAUUUUUUCUUCUUUUGAAUUCAUAAUUUUUUUUCUUUUUUUAGUAAUUAAAAUCGAUCAUUUUGUUUAAAAAAGAAAAUUAAUCUUCAGUAAAAUAUUUUUUUGUUUUUAUCAUACUUAUUUAUGAUUUGUUGUCAUGGUUAUUUUAGUAAUACUUUAAAGAUAGUCAGUCUGUAAUGUUUUCCUUUUUUAUUUUCAAUGACAAUUACAUAAAUUACUGAUAUUUAUAUCAGUAGUUUCUUAUUAUUUCUUACAAUUAUAGUAUAAUGAUAUGAUUAUUUCAUUGAAAAUUUUUAUUUUUAUUUUUUGCUAUCUAAGCAAUGUAGAUUAAUUAUUUAUUUUCAAUUAUUCCUUUCAUCAAUUUAAGACAUGUUUUGUUUCCAUUGUUAUUUCCACGUUUUGUUUUUGUUAAAUCUAGUGAAACGUAUCGGCUAGACAUCAAGUACUAGAAGGAUGCCAUUUCAUUGACUGAGAAGUGAAAUUAUUUAAUCGGGCGAAAUCACUUCAAUAUUAUUAUACUAUUAAUCUCUUGAGUAGUAGAAAUGAAAUUGUCAAAUUUGUUGUGUUGUGGUGUGGGUUGCUUACAUCUACAUAAGUAGUAUAUGACGAUGGUCAAGCAGAGAAUGUAUUUCAUCAGAAGAUCAAUAAGGAAAGAACGGGAACGAAACGCGAUUGGUACGAAAGUGCAUGAACAACAAUCAUCGGAGACUAUCGACUAAUAUUUGCUAAAGGAACUGUCAAGAUUGAAACAAUUGAUUGAUAGUUUGCAAAUUAUCUGUUGGCUGUAUGGUUGUCAGAUUUUAGUGAGAUAGUCUGUAAUUUUCGUGUGAAAUACAUUCCAUUGUCCCCAUUCAUCUUCUAAUUUACUACAGCAUCUGUUAGAACAGGUUCUUGAAACAGGAAAAUAAUAGGAUUUUUGAGGCGCAAAGCAGAGGUUAAAAAGUGGGGGUAGAUGAUGAUUUCAUCCACUACUUAAAAACAUCGAUUUAACUGAAAUUCGAUGAUUAGUUAGUAAGUAUGAUGUAUAACCAAAAUAUACGAAGUAUAAGAUUACAUUUUACAUAGAAUUGAUAUGAAAUGCACACUAGAUGUUAACUGAAAAAAAUUAACACUAAAUUAAUACGAACUACAGUUAUAUUCUAUAUAUAUCAUACUGAAAUACGUAAGAAUUAUACUGAACUACAAUCAUAUGCAAUGCUGAACAAAAAAUAUGAGACUGGAAUAAAAACGUGUUUUAUACUGAACGAUUAUUAUGCUUAAUCAAAAACCUAAGUAAUACAAUGUAAGAAAAACACUGAGUUAGAAAAUGGUCUUGUAUUUCUCUCCGUUCCCAAUAAAAACUGAUUAGGAAGCCAAAGUAAUCGGAUUAGUUGGAUUAGAAUAAUGGAUAUUUCGCAUUACAUUAACUUCGUGUUGAUAGAAUGUAUUUAAUCAUCAGCGUAUGAUCAGUGAUUGUCAGAACACUCGAUGUGUAUAAGAAAAUAAAUUUGUAAACUGAUUUUAAUUAGAGAACCUUUGAUUUCAUCGUCACUAUCCAAUCGUUUAAGCCUAUUCUCAAGUUAUAGAUUAAAACUGUAAUAAACUUAGGAUUAGUGGCAUCAAGUGAUUAAACAACUACUUAAAUUAACCUAUUCAUAAGCAAGAGUGUAUGACACUUAAACUUGAAGUUUGUUGAAGUUGACUCAAACAUGACACGAAUUGUUGAGAUAUUCACGGCAAAAACAUGAUUUAUAUUUUUGUUUUCUGAAAUCAACCGAUAUUUUAAGCUCACUACAGAAUUCAUUUAACGAUGUUAAUUAUAGACCGACCAAACCGGAAGAUAGUCGAAGCACUAUCGAAAGUUCCAGAAGCACACAUGGUAUGGUAGGAAGGAAAAAACUUGGAAUAAAAUUAUUGACCUAUCCAGAUAAUAUUUUCUGAUAUAUCUUCAUGAUAUUUAGGGCACAUAAGUCAGUUAAAAAUGAGAACUUGGAUUUUUACCUAACAAAAUGAUCAAAAUACUGUUUCCAUCAAUUCCUUUUAACAUUUUCGUUUUCAUUGAUUGGAAUACAGUUAUUUUGUUGAUUUUUACUUAACAAGAAGUUUAAGCUUUUCACUUUCUGUUAUAAAAUCUUUACAUUCAAAUUCGCAAUAAUAUAAUGAGAUACCAUAGGUAUUCGGUAUUGAAUCCUUUUUUCACACUUAUACAGUGUAGGUUAAUUAAUGAAAAAACCUUGGAAGUAAUUACAGUGGCAUUCGAGUUUUCUUUGAACGAACAUUAUUUCUAUUAUCAUAUUGUGGUGUUUGUAUGAACUAAUGAUCCCUUCAUACUUGAUGACUACUCGGUUCCUAAUUCCAAAUACAAUACAUUCGUU